UCUUCUAGAAAUUUAAUUAGCUUGUCUUCCUCACAUUUUAGUAGGUAAUGUUAGCACGUAGCCAUCUUAGUUUAUUGAGUCUUUGAGUCCCGAAAUCACUGAUCGCCACACACUUUAAGCAAAAUUAGCUGUAUAUCUACCUUGUUAGUUUGAUAGUGGCCUAGCAGUAAACCGAAAAAAACGUUACCGGUGAUUCCCCCUGCGUCACUUCAAGCUAGUUAAGACUAGCAAGUAAAAGUUAGUGGAUAGGCAGUUAUUUGGGCAAAAUCAAACGAUGAACCAUAAAAGCAAGAAAAGGAUUAAAGAGGCGAAACGGAGUGCUAGACCCGAACUGAAGGACUCGUCAGACUGGACGAAACAUGAUUACUAUGAGAAUUUUGAUUUGUCUCUUCGGACGGUGAAGGAUAAUGUGGAGCGUGUGGACUCCCGUCAGCUGAACCAGGAGGAGUUCGCUCAGCGCUUCGAGAAGCCCUACAAACCGGUGGUUUUGCUUAACUGCCAGGACGGCUGGCCUGCUCGCGAGAAAUGGACCUUAGAGCGGCUGAAACGCAAGUACCGCAACCAGAAGUUCAAGUGCGGCGAGGACAACGACGGCUACUCGGUGAAGAUGAAGAUGAAGUACUACGUCGAGUACAUGGAGUCGACACAAGAUGACAGUCCCCUCUACAUCUUUGACAGCAGCUAUGGGGAGCAUGCUAAACGCAGAAAACUGUUAGAUGAUUAUCAGGUUCCAGAAUUCUUUCGUGAGGACCUGUUUCAGUUUGCUGGAGAGAAGCGCAGACCCCCCUACAGGUGGUUCGUGAUGGGGCCCUCUCGUUCCGGAACUGGCAUUCACAUUGACCCUCUGGGCACCAGUGCGUGGAAUGCCCUGGUGCAGGGUCACAAACGCUGGUGCCUGUUUCCCACCCACACUCCGCGGGAGCUCAUUAAGGUCACCCGUGAUGAGGGAGGCAACCAGCAGGACGAAGCCAUCACCUGGUUCAGUGUGAUCUAUCCCCGGACACAGCAGCCUACCUGGCCCACUGAGUUCAAGCCGCUGGAGAUCCUGCAGAAGCCGGGGGACACGGUCUUCGUUCCCGGCGGCUGGUGGCACGUCGUACUCAACCUUGACACAACCAUGGCCAUAACCCAGAAUUUUGCAAGCACCGCCAACUUUCCGGUCGUGUGGCACAAAACUGUGCGUGGUCGACCAAAGCUCUCCAGGAAGUGGUACCGGAUCUUAAAGCAGGAGCGACCAGAGCUAGCAGCACUAGCAGAUUCUGUAGAUUUGCAAGAAUCAACAGGCAUUGCCUCGGACAGCUCUAGUGACUCCUCAUCCUCUUCUUCCUCUAGCUCUUCUGACUCGGACUCAGAGGGUGAGUCUGGCUCUGAGGGAGAUGCCAUGUCACAUCGCAGGAAGAAGAGAAGAACAUGCAGCAUGAUGGGAAAUGGCGACAGCACUACACAGGAUGACUGCGUGAGCAAGGAACGCAGCUCAUCUCGGUGACACACAGAUCACCUCUCACCUCCAUCUUAGUCUGCUCUUCUGGGCAGUUAUCCUUCGGAUUAGCUGACGCUAAAUACAUCAUCUUGGUCUCUACCACAAUUGUGCUUUUAUAUAUAGUUGAUAUUACUGCCUCUUAGCUUAUAUCUCCUGUUUUGCCCUCGACAAAAGUCUUGCUUGUCUGAGUGGAUGAAUAGCACGGACGGUAUUUAGUGGCUUUUACAAAGCUGAAUUUCAGUUUGGCGCAUCUUGCUCUGGGAGUAGGUGGAAAAUAUGUUCAAAUGGGCUGAUUUGUUGCCUUUUGCAAGUAGAGUGCAAAAAAAUCAGGCUGAAUGAAAUUCCCAGGGAGUUGGUGGACAUUUUUUGCAGUGCCACUGAUGUGUUGCAGGACUUCUGUGGGAGUUAUGCUCCUUGGUCAGUACUUCUCAAAAUGACUGUUUAAUAAUGAAGUAAUUGUUUUCUUGGAAACAUAAUCAGGAUUCGGGUUUAACACUUGCUGCCUUAGUAUCUGGGGAACCUAAAAAAUGUAAUGGUUAUAAUUAUCAUUGAGGACCUAGAAUUGCUGAAAAAUGUUUAGGCAAACGGUUAGGCAGAGUAUGGAGUUGAGUUGGUUUAAAGCUGCCAUAGUUUUUUUUCUUUUUAAGAUUGCAAGGAAGUUUAUAUAAAUUUAUGCGCAAUAUUCCUUACGAUGCCCUUAAGGAUAUUUUUGUACAACAUAAUGAACUUUCCAUUGCAUUAUAUUUAAUAAUAAAGUUUUCAUACCCAUCGAAGUUAUGGAUGUGCAGAAACCAAGGAAGAUGUGCCUCAACAUGCAAGGACAUGGUAAUGUGAAUGAACCACAUCCCUGAGCUGUGAGUUUUGUAUUGUUGCGGUUGAUUGUGUCGCGGUGGCAGAAGUGAUGAGAGAAACCAUCUCCAUAGCCACGUUUGAAAUGCAGUCAGUGCUACCGGAUUUGUUUUUUUAUAGAACAUUAAUGUUAUCUUAGGAAAGGAAAUGUAUACUAAGUUAAGCUUGAAUACGUGUAUGUCCAUGCCAAUGUUUAUAUUUGGUUUGAUGGUGUGAUGUAUGACUGAAAUUCAUUGACUUUUAAAGAGGGCAGGUCAGUUGUACUAUUUUGGAUGGUGCAAUGUCUAUUACAGUUUUUAAAGUUGUUACGAAUUUAUAGCGCGGCAGCGGAAAUUGUGACAAUGGGACGGCAUUUCUGAUUUAAGAGGUGCAAGAUGCGUACACUCCUAUAUUAAUCACAGUCCUACAGCGAGCAGUAUCCGCCGUAUGUGGGCCUGUCGUAAAUGUAUCCACAGAUUUGUAUCAUAUCAAAUUUUGUUCAAAUUUGUAGUGAAUUAAUAAAUUUGUAUGUUAUCACA